AUGAGCUUGGAAAAGUAUUUUCGUAAAGUUUCAAAAAUAAGUUCAACGUCUCAAAAUCAAUCCCGACGAGAUGAAGAUGUUGAUCAAAUAGAAAUACCAUCCCAAUCUUCUCAGAGACAAAAAUUUGAUGUAAAUGAUCUAAAGGGUGACCCCGCUGAAAGACCUUCGAUUUUGAGUUAUCCUCCGAAUAUUCAUGAUGAGAUAAGAAGGGCAUACAUUCUAAAACAUCCUUUCCAACCUCAAGAUCAUGAGUUUCCUCAAACAGAUUUUUUUGAAAUUCCACAUCGUUUUGUUUCUAAAUGGUUUGAUGAAUAUUUUGAUUGGUUGGAAUAUAGUGCGAAAGCAUUCAUCAAGGUGGUGGUAAUACAUUUUUCACGAAGGGAUUUAGAAAACAUUGGUCCUCCGAAUAGCAUUCAUAAUCAAUCAAAAAGGAAGUGUGAAGAUCUUAUGAGGGAGGAACAAUCUAUUGAGGUGGUGGCAUUUAACAAGUUGGACGAGAAAAUUAAGAAUGAAUAUCGAGUUCGGUUAAAUGCUUCAAUCGAUGUGGUCCAAUUUCUUCUAAAUCAAGGUUUAGCACUCCGCGGUCAUGAUGAAAGUGAAUCAUCCUUGAAUAAAGAUAUUGUGACCGCGUGUAAAAUUAAAACUAUCAAAGCUAUAAUAAAGGAUUUAGAUGGUGACUACUUUGCUUUGUUGGUUGAUGAAUCAAGAGACGUAUCAUGCAAAGAGCAAAUGGCUAUUUGUUUACGAUAUGUUGAUAAAAGGGGAUUUGUGAUGGAAACAUUUAUUGGACUUGUUCAUGUUAAAGUUACUAGUGCUUUAUCCCUAAAGAAAGUAAUUGUGGAUGUACUUGCUCACCAUUCUUUAACUUUAGCUUAUGUACAAGGGCAAUGUUAUGAUGGAGCAAGCAAUAUGCAAAGUGAGUUAGGUGGUCUUAAAAUAUUAAUUAAACAAGAAAGUAGAUCGGCCCACUCAGUUCAUUGUUUUGCUCAUCAACUUCAAUUGACUCUUGUUGCGGUUUCUAAAAGGCGUGUUUAA